AAUUUAUUUUUAUGUUGCUCUUUUUCAUUUACUAAGCAGAUGCCUUAUGCCACUUCAAUUAUUCCGAUACCAUGCACUAUGCAGUACACAUAAUCAUCGCAAUCAAAUACAAAUAAUAAUAAAAGGAACCAUCAUAUACCAGAUUCAAUAAUCACAACCUAUGGAUCUCUGGCCACUCCCGCUACCCGCCCUUGGGGCAAGUUUUCACAGGCUUUCCAUAAAGACAGGGAAGGCGCGGGUCUUAUUUCUGAAGGGAAGGCCCUCCGUGGGAAGAGCGAACCCCCGCAGAUAAGCUUAAAAGAGAUUCCGUGUAUUAUAUCUUCCAAAAUAAAUAAUUACAGGAGUACAAUUCUGAGCAUGCUCCUGACUAGGAUUUAAAGUUUUAAACCGUCUUCCGACGCUGCUUGGACUGCAUUUCCCAGAAAGUAGUUGGACUUGGAGGCCGGAGCUAUUUUUUGAAUUUCUCCCGAGGGAGAGGAAAAAAAAAUUUGUCCAUACCGCUGGAGCUGCCAUUCCACUCCUUUUCUUCAAGCUCAGGACAAGAAAGACAGUUGAAGACAAACACCGGAAAGAUGAUUGGAGGGAAACUUAACUUAUGGAGUUGCCACAAGAUGAUGCUUACCUCAUUCUUGAGCAUCAUUGUGUUGCUGUCUUUCAUGAACACCUGUUUUGCCAGUGCCCAACACCAUCAAAGAUCAUCUUGGGAAAAGAAGCGUGUGGAACCUGACUUUUUAUUUGAAAUGACUGGUACUGUAAGGAAGGCACUGGAGAAUUUGAUUGGUAAAGAGAACUUUCGGAUGCUGAAUGAGAAUAUGUCUAACCUGCUUUGGAUAGUUUCCUCUGGAAUCUCUUCAGCCUUAUCUGUUGUGGCUCGAAUUGUAGGACAGUUUCUUACAUCCUUUGGAUUGGCUGGAGAUGGAUUAACACAGUUUCUGAAACUGAGCCCUGACCAGGUUCAGGCACUGCUGCUCUGGAGCCUGGCUGCCCUGAUUAGCUAUUGGGUGCUCUCACUGCUGUUCAGCCUGUUGCUCACUAUCUUGAGCCGCAUCAUGUGGAGCCUCAAGUUUCUUCUCUUUGGAGGCUGCUUUGCAUUUAUUGUGUUUACCGUGCCUGACCGUCAGGUACAGGUUUUACUUCUAUUGGCCUUGCUGACUCUCUAUGUCUUGCUGGGUUGGUUGAGUGGAUCCUAUCGCUCUGGUGCAAGGCUGGAGGCUAAAGUGCACAGCUUGGAGCGCCAAGUGGAGGAACUGCAACGCCGGCAGAGACGGUCUCCCCGAUAUCUGGAUGAAGAAUAAAUUUCAGGCAGGGGGCUGACCACAUUUCCUCCAAGAAGCAGCUGCAUUUCCCUCCUCCUCUAUCCCUUACAUUACUUCUUUUUCAGUCUGUCGAUGUUCCUGGAUGGUAUCUUUUCCACCCACUACUAUUUAGGAGGCUGGAAGUCCUCCCUAAGAAAAUGAUUGCACCUGACCUACUAUAGCUUUUCAGUUGGUAGUGACAUUUAGAAAAGCUCUUUCUCUACUUUUGUCUCGUUCUUUUCGUUCCCCUUCUCGGGCCUCCUUUUCCUCACUCUGUUUUUCAUUUGACUCACGGCAGCUUCUUUAAAGACAACGGGCCUGGUAACGAACAAUGCUUAUUUCUUACAAGAAAAAAAAAAGCAAACCAGAAUUUCAUGAUUGGGGAUAAGAGAAUGAGAAUUUACACAGUUCACCACCGGCCCUUGGACAUGAUUAUUCUACACUAUCAUGCUCAUAUUUAUAAAACUCAGUGCCUCUGGGAAAGUUAAGGAUGACUACUCUGUUUGUGGUGCUCCAUGCAGCAAUCAGAACAUUGUGCAUGUUGAAGUUGUUUUAAUACAAGCCAAAGAUGCCUUUUAAAAGCAAGUUUACAUCAUUUUCUUAUGCAUGCCAGUGCUUUGUGUGAGAUAAUUUAAGACGGUUCUGACAAGUGGUGUUUACCUGCUGAUCCAGAACAGAGAUAAGCCAUAAACAAACAAUCAAGGGAAUAUACACAGGCCUUCCCUCCAAAUUGAAUUUAUACUGCAAGUAAGCAAAACCAUAAAUUCAGACUUCUUUGCCUAUUGGAGAAUGUACUGUUGUUUACAGUACAUAUAAGAAAAUGUACUGUUAACAACAUAUUGUUUGCCUUUAUAUAUAUAUAUUUUAGAUAAUUUGAAUAGUUUGUUACUGUUUUCCAAAUAAAAGCUAUCUAAUCACA